AUGGCCGCCAUUGAGAGUUUCGACAACAUUUACCUGGACCUGUCCAAGGAGCACGGAAAGUGCAGAUUCGCGGAGACCGGUCUCGGUUGGAAGCCAGUAGGCGGCGGCGACACCUUCACACUCGAUCAGGGCAACAUUGGCGGUGCGCAAUGGAGCAGAGCCGCCAAGGGCUACGAGAUCAAGAUUCUGCAGAGGAAUUCGGGCAUCAUUCAACUAGACGGUUUUCAGCAAGAGGACUACGAGCGCUUGAGCAAAAUCUUCAAGAACUGGUAUAGCACGAACCUAGAAAACAAGGAGCAUUCGCUGCGCGGCUGGAACUGGGGCAAGGCCGAGUUUGGAAAGGCGGAGCUCACAUUCAACGUCCAGAACCGUCCCGCCUUCGAAAUCCCCUACUCUGAAAUCUCCAACACCAACCUUGCCGGCAGAAACGAAAUCGCUGUCGAGUUUGCUGUUGGCGAGGGUGGGAAAGCCGGUCAGAAUGGUGCCACCCCUGGAAAGGGAAAGAAGGCGUCCGCCGGAAAGGACCAGAUGGUCGAGAUGAGGUUUUACAUUCCAGGAACAACCACCCGGAAAGAGGCCGAGGGCGGUGAUGCUGGCAGCGAUGCAGACGAGGAAGAGAAGAACGCCGUCACUCUCUUCUACGACACCCUCAUUGAGAAGGCCGAGAUUGGCGAGUCGGCCGGCGACACGAUUGCCACCUUCCUCGAUGUCUUGCACCUCACGCCAAGAGGUCGUUUCGAUAUCGAUAUGUACGAUACAUCCUUUCGUCUUCGCGGCAAAACAUACGACUACAAGAUCCAGUACGAAGCCAUCAAGAAGUUCAUGGUUCUUCCCAAGCCCGACGAGGUUCACUAUCUCCUCUGCAUCGGGCUGGAUCCACCCUUGCGCCAGGGUCAGACCAGGUAUCCAUUCCUUGUGAUGCAGUUCAAGACGGACGAGGAAGUGACGCUGGAUCUGAACCUCCCUGAAGAAGACCUCAACGAGAAGUACAAGGGCAAGCUCGAGUCUCACUACGAGCAGCCCCUGCACAGCGUGGUGGCCCAGAUUUUUAGAGGACUCGCGGGCAAGAAGAUUCUCUCACCUGCCAAAAACUUCCAGACACACCGGGCCCAGUCCGGCAUCAAGUGUUCGAUCAAGGCCAGCGAGGGCUUCUUGUACUGCCUGGAAAAGGCGUUCAUGUUCGUGCCCAAGCCAGCCACCUACAUCGCAUACGAUCAAACGCAGUCCAUCACCUUCUCUCGCGUUGGGGGAGCUGUCUCCGCCCUGUCGACGUUUGAUAUAACAGUCCACAUGAAGGGCGGCGGCAACUCGCAGUUUAGCAACAUCAACCGUGAAGAUCUUAAGGGACUCGAGGACUUCUUCCAGUACAAGGGUCUUCGCGUUAAGAACGAAAUCGAUGAGGAUGCCAACAUGCUUGCUGCGGCCAUGAGAGCGGAGGACAUGGCCAGCUCAGACGAGGAAGUGGUCCAGAACAAGGCCGAUCGCGGCUCGGCCGACGAAGAUGAGGAGAGCGUGGAUGAGGACUUCCAGGCUGACUCGGACAGCGACGUCGCCGAGGAAUACGACAGCAAUCACGAAAGUGAUGGUUCAGGCAGCGGAGAGAGUGAUGUUGAUAAUGAGGUGGAUGAUGACGAAGACGAGGAGAUGGAAGAUGCUGAAGAGGAGGAGGAAGAGCGGCCAAAGAAGAAGAAGAAGACUGGUUGA